AUGUCCGGUGGCGGUGCGUUGAUCGUCUUACCGGCGAUCGCCGGACUGUUCUUCGCCUUUUGGCUCUUCACGAAGAAACUAAAGCCGAUCUCGCUCGGGAGUGAGAUUGGACGGUCCGCGAGCGAUUACUCGCAGUCGACGUCGCGAAAUGGCUCGGCGAGCUCGCUGAGCGCGAUGGAACACACCGGAGAGGACUCAUUGAUGCGCGGAAUGGAGUCUGGGGACCGAGCGGCGAUGGAGGAGACGCUGGCGAAGGUUCGAAGGAUUCAUCACGACGUCCGAGACGGCGCGCGCGCGUUCCUGAACGCCGAGUAUCGCAUGUGCGUGGCCUUCUUAGCGGCGUUCGGCGUCGCGAUCGCGGUGUUGACUUCAAAUGGCCGAUUGGGAUUCGACGCGAAGAGCGGGUUCGCAACGGCGGCGGCAUUCGCGGUCGGUGGAGUCACGAGCAUGGCGAGCGGGUACGUCGGGAUGAUGGUGGCGACGUACACAAACGCGCGGUGCGCGAUGAUGGCGACGCUGAAACCGGAGCAUUUGGCGUGGAAGGAGAGUUUCAAUGCCGCGUUCAGAGGUGGUGGCGUCAUGGGCUUCGCACUCAGUGGACUCGGGCUACUCAUGAUGUACUUCUUGAUGCUCGUGUACAGUGCGUUCUUUUCGUUUGAAACACACGCGAUGGAGUUGUUCGAAUGCAUCGCCGGUUUCGGGCUCGGCGGGAGCGCGAUCGCGAUGUUCGGUCGCGUCGGUGGUGGCAUUUAUACUAAAGCGGCCGAUGUCGGUGCGGAUUUGGCCGGUAAGGUUGUUGCGGGCAUCCCGGAAGACGAUCCACGCAACCCGGCAACGAUUGCGGACAAUGUCGGCGACAACGUCGGCGAUGUCGCAGGAAUGGGAAGCGAUCUCUUCGGCUCGUUCGCCGAGGCCACGUGCGCAGCGCUCGUCAUCGGCGCCCAAUCCGCUGACCUCGUCGCCGCGGGUUGGGACUCAAUCAUCUUCCCUCUUUAUAUCUCUGCCGUGGGCAUCCUCGUGUGCAUUGGCGUUUCCUUCGUCGCCACGGACAUCUCUCCGGUGCGCAACGAAAUCAGCAUCGAGCGCGUGUUGAAGACGCAGCUCACCUUGAGCACCAUCGCGAUGACGAUCUGCAUCUACCCUAUCUGCUACGUGUUCAUGCCGCAGGACUUGUACCUCGGCUCCUCCUCUUUCAGCACCGCGUGCCUCGGCACCACGAGCAGUCGGUGCAUCUCCAACGGUCCGCGCUCAGCGUUCGCGUGCAUCGCCGCCGGUUUGUGGGGUGGCUUGAUCAUCGGCUUCGUCACCGAGUACUACACUUCACACUCGUACGCUCCAGUCCGUGAGGUCGCUCGAUCGACCGAAACGGGCGCGGCGACGAACAUCAUUUAUGGUCUCGCCCUCGGAUACAAGUCGACAAUCGUUCCCGUCACGGUUCUUGCAUUCGGUGUCUGGCUUUCAUUUUCCUUGAUGGACAUGUACGGUGUUGCCUUGUGUGCACUUGGUAUGCUCGGCACACUUUCUACGUGCCUCGCCAUCGACGUCUACGGCCCGAUUUGCGAUAACGCCGGCGGGAUUGCCGAAAUGGCUGGCAUGCCGGAUGACGUCCGCGACAAGACGGAUGCGUUGGAUGCCGCUGGAAACACGACGGCCGCGAUCGGUAAGGGCUUCGCGAUCGGCUCCGCCGCUCUCGUCUCUCUCGCCCUCACCGCUGCAUUCGUUACUCGCACCGGUGCGCUCGAGAACGGCGUGAACUUGCUCAACCCGUCGGUGUUUGCCUUCCUGUUGAUUGGCAGCAUGCUUCCGUACUGGUUCUCGGCAAUGACAAUGAAGUCCGUCGGCGUCGCUGCGAUGGAGAUGGUGAAGGAGGUCAAACGUCAGUUCGAUACUAUCCCGGGCCUUCUCGAAGGUACGCCAGGACACGCGCCGCCCGACCACGCUCGAUGCAUCAAGAUCAGCACCGACGCGAGUCUUCGCGAGAUGGUGCCACCGGCAACACUCGUCAUCAUGGCGCCUAUCAUCACUGGCACCUUCUUCGGCGUCAAGGCCGUGACUGGUCUCCUCGCCGGAGGUCUCGCUUCGGGUGUUCAGCUGGCCAUUUCUGCGAGCAACACCGGCGGUGCUUGGGACAACGCGAAGAAGUACGUUGAGAAGGGCGGAUUGUAUAUCGACGUUCCCAAGCGCGAGCGCGCGCACUCUGAUCCUGUUGAAGGACCGUACACGGGCGCCAUCGUCCGAAACGUGGACGGAUCACCCCAACUCAUAAGUGUGCGUCAGCGCAAGGGUAGCGAUUGCCACAAGGCGGCCGUGGUCGGCGACACCGUCGGCGAUCCGCUCAAGGAUACCAGUGGCCCUGCGGUCAACAUCCUCAUGAAGCUCACGGCGAUCAUCUCCCUUGUCUUCGCCGACUUCUUCAUGUCCAUUAACGACGGCCGGGGUCUGUUCCUCGUCGGAAACUAA